AGUUUAAUCAAUACAGUCAUAAAAUCAGGAGAUGUAUUUAGUUUGCAUUGAGUAGUAUCUUUUAUUACUGCAGAACUGAGAGCACGAUACUCCUGCGUGAAGAAAGAGGUACAGAGUCCAGGAGAGCAAGGACUAAUUUAUUCUAUUCUUCCUUGUGAGUAGGAAUGUCCUUUUGAGGCAUUUAGUUUAGAAGUAGGUGCUAGUCCUUGACUAGACAUUAAAGAGACUUUGUAUUUAAAUGAAAAAGGAAGAACUUAAUGUUUUUAGCUCCAUGGCCAUGGUCUCAAACUGCCUUUAGUACAGAAAGUUAACAAAUAUUUCCAUGUUGCAUCUGACAACAGGAAUCAACAUGUGAAACUUUUUUGUUAUUACUUAAAAAAAUAAUGCCAGUAGUUGGCUGCAGGAAAGGAGCUAGAAAAACUGGUAGAAAUAACCAUGAAAAUUCUUAUGUUCUGAUUAGAGCUCACUGCUUUCUCAGUUUGUGGGAUGUCACUGAGGAGCAAAGAAACCAAGCAGACACAGUGUAUUUGGCUUGCAGUUGUAGAGAGCCCCAUCUUCAGAAAACAGAUAAAACCUUAAAGAAAACAAAAUCUAAUCCUAUUCUCUCCAAUUUCCAAAAGAAAGAUUUUGAGUUUGGAAGUUGGGGGAGCAUUAUGGCAGAAAGAGAGGAGGAAGAGGGCAGUUCUUAGGACUGUUAGGAAGAGAAAGGCAAGGCCUUGUCUUACCCUGGAUUUUCACAGGGUAAAUUAAUUCUGAUUACCCAGGGUAAUCUGAAUUAACCCAGCAAUCAGAGAUUUAAUCUAAAAGAGUAAGAUGCACACAUCCACCCGUGUGUUUAUGUACCUACACACACCCCCUCUUUGGAGAGAAGAUACUUGAGUCUUGGCAGGUUAUAAGCAAGGCUGGAACCACAGGCUGUCUUAAUUCUGCAGGAAAAGGAAACUCAACACAUCCACCUCUCCUUGCAACUUUUAGUAUAAAGUGCUGAUCUUUCUUCCAGCAUGUUAAAGGAUUCCAUGUAAACAUGAAACUUCAGAGCUGGGCUCGUUGCUCCCCAUAACUACAACCCCCUCGAAAUACAACACUAACUGCCUUUGAAACAUUAGUGGGUUUGUGCCUAAGUCUUAUGUGAAGACACAGUCCAGCAAGCUGGUAAAGCCAGUCUGGGCAAACAAGGAAGGAACAGAGUACUUUGGAUUCAAAGCAUGCAGGUAUUGCCCAACCACUACCCAGGGCUACCAGAGAAACACCAGCCAGCAGCCCCCUCCAGCAGGCAGCACACCCACCCAGCAGCACCUUCCUUUCCUCAGAAGACCUCGGUAAGGAAAGAAAAGGAAGUGCAGAGACAAACCUGGCCCCCUUGAGCACUUGCCUGCCUGGUUGCACCACACAUUUGAGCACUGAGAGAACCUUCCAAACCUGCAGAACUGGACCAGGCCCUGCCGAGCUCACAAAGGGGCCCCUCCUGUGCCAGGGCCACAGCACCCACUGCCAGUGCCAACACACAUCCUACCACCGGCCUCAGGGUUCACUCCAUCCUCUAGUGAACCUUGGAAGACAGAGGGAGUCCAGUCUGAAAAAAAUAGGUACAGGAAAGCAAAGCGACAGCAUUUCUCUAAAGCAGCUUUAUCAUAAAAAUACAACUCAGUUUGCUGAUAAAACCUGUAAAGGAGAAUGCUUCCCCUACAAUCUUCGUGGACAAGUUCUGCAAGCAAGAAGAGCUGUGAUGAGUUAGUAUUAUUACUAUUUAAAUUCUGGUAACAUUUCAUCAAGUUGAGAAAGAACAUUUCAGAAAAAAGACGACACAGAAAUUUCUUACUACCUCCAAUCCUAAAGGGUGGUUUCUGACUUCUCCUCUGCAAGACAAAGUCAUCCUAGGAGGAACUGCACAUGAAUCCACGAGAAAUGCACCACAGCCACAGGUUUGACAGCACGUGCACCCAGCCCUAAGUACAUCACCGAGAACAACCUUUGACAGACAAUAACAGAGACCGGAGUUUACCACGGCCGACCACCUUGAUCUGAGUUAUUCAUUUACAGGCUGCAUCUGUGAUCACAGGCAGGGUCAGCGACAGAAACAUUGGCUCAGGCUGUGUCACAGCUGGAGUCACUCCACUCCUGAGACAGACACAAUAUCCUCUAUUGAUCUAUCAAAGUUCAACAGUAGGCUAUGGAUUCCUGGAAGGAAGCCAUAAGCCGCAGCUGGAUUUAUCCCACGGUGCUCAUCUGUGCAAAUGGAUUUUUCGCCACAAUGAGGCCAUCAGAGUCUUUUCUCACCCCUUAUCUAACGGGGCCAGACAAAAACCUAACGAUUGAAGAGGUUACCAACCAGAUUUUGCCCGUUUGGACAUACUCCUACCUCGCCCUCCUGUUCCCAGUCUUCCUGCUCACAGAUUACCUGCGCUACAAGCCCGUCCUCCUCCUCCAGGGCAUCAGCCUCAUCAUCACCUGGCUCCUGCUCCUCUUUGCACACGGAGUGCUGGCCAUGCAGGUGGUGGAAUUCUUCUACGGGAUGGUGACGGCCACUGAGGUGGCCUAUUACGCCUACAUCUACAGCGUGGUCAGCACCGACCGCUACCAGAGGGUGACGAGCUACUGCAGGAGCAGCACUCUGGUGGCAGCCACUGUUGCUGCCGUGCUGGGACAGCUGCUAGUGUCCUUGGCAGACGUGUCCUACUUCUACCUCAACGCCAUUUCUCUGGCUUCCGUGGCCCUGGCGUUCCUGUGUGCCUUUUUCCUCCCCAUGCCCCAGAAGAGCAUGUUCUUCCACAGGAAAGAUGCCUCCCAGUCUCUCCCAGGGCCUGACAAAGUUGUGGCUCCGGCCGGUUCUGACCAUCCCUCGAGCUGCCAAGAGGACACGAGCUCCGACUCCGCUGCCAGGGGCCCAACACCCCAACAGCAGGCUGGGAAUGCCAAGGCCCGGAAUCACAUGCUCAGAGUGCUGGUGCAGCUGAGCAAGGACCUGAGGGAUUGCUACAGCUCCAGGAAGCUUCUCUACUGGUCCCUGUGGUGGGCUCUGGCUACGGCCGGCUUUUUUCAGGUCCUGAAUUAUAUCCAAGUGCUGUGGGAUUUCCAAGCUCCCUCUCACAGCUCUGCAGUGUACAAUGGAGCUGUCGAAGCACUAGCAACUUUUUUAGGUUCAGUAACAUCCAUGGCAGUUGGAUACGUCAAAGUGAACUGGGAUCUCUCUGGAGAACUGGCCUUGGGAAUUUUCUCUGCAAUGGAUGCUGGUUCUCUGUUUCUCAUGUACUUCACUGGGAACAUCUGGGCAUGUUAUGCUGGUUACCUUGCAUUUAAGGCUUGCUAUAUGCUCCUUAUAACAGUAGCAACGUUUCAGAUUGCUGUCAACCUGAGCAUGGAGCGUUAUGCUUUGAUGUUUGGCUUCAACACCUUUGUUGCACUGGUGAUUCAAACAAUUUUAACUGUUAUUGUAGUAGAUUCAAGAGGUCUGGGACUGGAUAUCAGCACUCAGUUUCUCAUUUAUGGCAGCUACUUUGCAGUCAUAGCUGGAAUUUUCCUCAUCAGAAGCACAUACACCAUUAUCUCCAUCAAACUCAGCAGUGCCAGUGCGGCUGGUGAAAGCACAGGUCAUUAACAACAGAGACAAGAAUGGUUACAAGCAACAGUGCAGAAGGCUCCAUCACCUGAACAACAAAACAGGAGAUAUAUAAUGUUCCAUCAAGCAAAACUGGUGCAGGCUGAAGCAGGCUGUUAAUGAGCCUACAGCACAGACAGCUUGUCAGCAGCAAUGCAUUUUGCCUGUUUUCUUCAUCAGUAGUUUAACUCAAAGUUAGUGAUCGACACCCAAACUUUGAUUAAUGCUCCGCAAGAACAACAAGUACAGGCAGGUGCCUGAACUUCACACCAAAAGAACUUACAGAACCUCUGAAAUUUCACUUCUACUGAGUAUUUCAAUUAAAGGGCAAUUGAGACCUUCGGACAUUCCUAGGGAAUAUAAA